CACAGGGUGGCCAGUGGCUGCAGCUGUGCAAGUCUCCUCCCCGCUCUCCCUCUUGCAGCUGUCCUUUGACCAGCUGGCCUGCGCCUGACAGGCAAGAGCAAAGGCCAGCACUCCCGCCCAGCUGUGUCUCCUUGCGUGCCUCAGGCAGUGGGAUGUGAGUGUGCAGGCUGCUGGGGCUGCUGUGUGCCACUUCCCACCCUUGCAUGGCCCCGAGGUACCCCUGGGGUUGGAAGGAGCUGUUGUGUCUCAGGGCCAUCCUCUUGUUUGUCCUGUUCUGGGGCCUGUGGCUCCUGACUGAUGAGGCCCAGAAGCAGUGGCAGGCCUGCAGCCAGUUCGUUGCUGUCCAACAGGAGCCCUCUCAGAAGACCCACUCUGGAACUGCAGCUUCAGCCAGCGAGGGGGUGGACUUUGAGCUCCUGUUUUCAGUAGCUCACUCGGAGCCACACUGUAAGCUCAGGCUGGUGCUCUUAAUCCUCGUGACAUCAGCCCCAGGAAAUGCAGUGCCCCGGCAGGUGAUCCGGCAGACCUGGGCUGCCCGAGAGAGGCCCCAGCCUUAUCCGUGGCAAGCCGUGUUCCUGAUUGGCAAGGGCGCAGGCGAGAGGGUCGCCUGGCAGAUCCAGCAAGAGCAGGAGAAGUUUGGGGACAUCCUGGUUGGGAACUACCUGGAUACGUACCGCAAUCUCACCCUGAAGGUCAUGCAUGGCCUCAAGUGGGGGCUCCAGCGGUGCCGACCCACCUACGUCCUCAAGACAGACGAUGACUGCUUUGUCAACACUGAAUGGCUGCCGGAGUUCCUGGCCAGACAAAACACCGCCAAGACUCAGCUCUACGCCGGCUACCAGCCCUCCAGCAAGUGAUACAUUUCAAGGCAAGACUAUCCCCCGAAUGAAUACCCCCCAUAUGCCAGCGGAAUUGGCUACAUCCUGUCCCGAGAUGCGGCCAAGCAGGUCUUGCGGGUGGCUGUGCACAUCCGCCCCAUCCCAGUGGAAGACGCGUACAUGGGCAUCUUGGCUCAGCAAGCUGGCCUCCGCCUGAAAUCAAGCGCACGGUUUGCCAAGCAGAAUGUGAAGUGGCGAAUAUGCAACUACCGCUACUUGGCGGUGAUUCACAAUCUCAGUGCACUGGAGCAGGAGGCAGCCACACAGCGCGUGCGGAAGGCCCGCAGUGGCUGCCACAACAGCCUCAAGAUCGCCAGGUGGAAGUGAGCACGAGAACACAGGCAGAGCUGCCUCCGUCAGUGAAGGGGACAGGCUCCUGUGCUGGGAACCACUCUGGGUCCUCUGCAGGAGCCGCCGCAGGCACACAAAGAUGUUUUAGGGCAGCCUAACUCUGGGAAUUUGUUAAGGACCAUAAAGCACCACAUGGGCUGAUGCUGCUGUGUGCAUUAUUAACAACACUACUAGUUAUUACAACGAAUUAGUAAUAUUAUUACUCAUUGCAUCUAGAAGCUAACCUCAGUUCCCCUCAGUAUUUUCCAACCCAGCCAUGUGAGUCAUCCUCUCCCGUGCGUCUUUCUCAGUAAAAUGUCACUUUCCUGGCUCCGGAGGGAGGGGCGGGGGAGAGGAAGAGACAUCCUCUUUCAAGGGAUGUAUCGACACCCCCCCCCGUGGUGCUGGGACACUCAGCUCCUUGGUGUUGGAAGCAGGACAUUCAUAGUGCAAGCUGCCCCAUCCCACCCUGGGACUGAUGCACAAGAUCUCUCUGCUCUUCCCUGCCAUUAACUAGAUCCACUCAUCAUGCAGGAGAUGGCUUCCCCUUUCAGGGCAGUUAUCUAACCUCUGCUUCAAGUGGAAGAACUUUGACUCUGCAGCAAAAGGUGUCUGAUUGUUCAGAAACUAGCAUGGGUCUGGUUCUCAUGAAGAAUACACCUGUGUCAGGCUGGAGGUGGAGGAUUGCUUGAGUGAAUUAUCAACAAUCCCUGCACACAGAAAGCUACCAUGUCAGGGUGAAACAUAGGCUAGAAUCAUUCUCCCUAACAUGGUAGUUUUGCUAUGUGCAACUUUUGGGGUUUUUUUGUAAUCAUGCACACACUUACCUGCAGCCUGGAAUGAUAGAGCCCAGGCACAGGUGUACUACCUCACCUGCUGCUUGUUGAGAGCCAGGCCUUAGCCAUCAGCAUUAGAACAACAGAGAACGAAGCCUGCACAUUCUUUGGCAAAAUCAAAGGGAACCCAGGAAAAGCAAAUGGGACAAUGGCCACUCUGUAGACAUCCCUUCAGGCCAGGCCCUAGACCAGAAUGUUGGGUGGGGAGCUAUUGUUAAGUCAGUAUGAAACAGCAGAAUCCUGAUUACAAGGAGCCCAAUAUGUUUAGCACUAUUUAACUGAAAUAAAAUGUUAAUUUACAAUGUUCCUUAGUUUUUAAAAAUGUUUAAUUGCUUGUUUUAACUGUUUUUAUUGAUAAUGUUAUAAACUGCUUAAGAGUUUUUUUACAAUCAAAACAGUACAUAAAUUUUGU